AUGAAUUUUUUUCUGUGUGGUGUUCUAGUUGGGUUAUUAAUAUCUGAAGUCGAAGUAUCUCAGGCUAUUCUUUGUAAGGAAGCGUCUCUUUCUUGUCCUGUGAUAACUCGCAAUCAUCACCGACUUAAAGGCUUCACGUUCAAAACAUUUCACCUUGCAAGCCUGAUAUCCUGUGGUUUGCUAUGUCAGAGAGACCCUCGAUGCGUUUCAACAAAUUUCAGAAAAGUUUUCAAAAGUCAGGGAACCUGUGAGUUGAACGACAGAGGAGCUCUCCUUACUGAGAAAGGAAACGAACUGGAAUACGACGAAGAAGCAAUUUACACCCAAUUUUACGACACGGAGGUAAUAAAAAAAAUCUCGAUAAAAGACAAAGAAGAAGGUGUUAUUGGUUGCUCCAGACACUUGUCUUUCAUUCGUGGUAUCUUUCUCAUAAAAUCUUCAUAUUUCGACGACAGAUGUGAAAACUUUCCAUCUGUCAUAUUUUUCUUUGAAUGUUUUUAUCGUUUGGCCUUCAAUUAGCUCACUUGUGCAGUCUCCAUACGGUGAUGAAUCUGGAAGACUAGUUGAUUUCCCAAUAAAUUAAAAAAUAAAUGAUUUUUUAUGUUUUCAGCAUUACUUUCAGGCAUUCAAGGAAGAUUUAAAAGUCGUCAUCUGCAAAUGUAAGUAGCGUUGGUUUGAAAGGUAUUCUUGAGAUUAAUGUUAACGACCUCGUGUUUAAAUUACAAUGAUUUACUUGUCCCGGCUGCUUCUUGUCUCUCCGCCAAUAGGAUGCGGUGUCUGUCGUCCUCGCGAACCUUCGCGAACCUUCGCAAACAUUCCCGAACCUGCUUGAAACACUCCGAUUCUUAUAGUUUCCUUGAAAGUCCACGAAUGGUGUCAAAAAAAAUUACCGAGGAAAUUGUUGCUCAGGUUACAUAUUUAUGAAAGUGGAAAUCAAGCUUUAAAUUUCCACAAGUGACCAAGACAGAAUUUCUGCUUAUGAUAACCAUACAAUAUCAAUCAGACAGGUGAUGAGAAUAAUGAAAAAUAUAAGUCCUUUAUUCCAUGAUAAACAAAUCAAUAUCUGUGUGAUUGUAUAUCUCUGUCUCAAUUUCAGGUGCGGAAUCACCAAAAGCCCCAGUUCCCCUCGGCAUGGAAAGCGGUGCUAUUUUUGACUCACAGAUCACCGCUUCCUCCAUGUAUAAUGAUAAACAUGCCGCACCGAAUGCUAGAUUACAUUUCAAAGGAUCCCAAAACCCGCUUAGAUAUGCUUCCUGGGUAGCUGGAGUGAAAAACACCAACCAAUGGCUGCAAGUGGAUCUUCAGCAAACCACAAGGGUAAUAGGCAUAGCGACACAGGGGAGACAUGAUCACGAUCAGUGGGUUACUAAAUACAAGCUACAAUAUGGUGGUGAUGGACUAUUUUUCAGAGUUUACAAGCCAAACGGAGACACAUCAGACACGGUAUGAAUACGAAAGACUUUUUGAACAUGAUGUUUUUUUCCUUCUUGCUGUAGGGUGGGACAACGAAAAAUAAUUAUUCCCCAAGAGCGAUAGAACCUGAGACCUUCGAAUUCUUCGCUCCAAUACACUAACACUUCGCCACAGUGACCUAACAGGCAACUGAGCUAUUACGAGGUCCAUCAUAUGUUCAAAUGUGAGCUUUUCUUUUCUUGUUUUUGGUGGGUCUGCGACGAGGUAGAGAUACUUGAGAACGCUAGAGAACGAGUAGUAGAAAUAAGUGAGAUCAAACUCUGUUAGUUUAUAUCUAUAUUUAUGUUUGAUUGCUGAUGAACAUGUAGAAAAGCAUCAACUAAGGUUCUAGGUUUAGAGUUACCGCUCCUGUGUAAUGCAUUCAUUCGUCAAUUUUACAUUCCACAAUAUUCUACUCAGGUUUUCCCAGGAAACACUGACAGGGACACAGUUGUGUAUCACGAUCUUAACCCGGUCAUUGAUGCUCGCUUCGUUCGAGUUCUUCCGAUGGAAUGGUUUAAGUUUAUCGGAAUGAGAAUGGAGCUUUACUCUUGCUAA